AUGGCGGCAAGUACAAGUACACGUCGCCCAACUUCCACACGGCCAAGCUCUGCAACCUCCCGGCGGACACCAACCGCCGGCAAGAAGACCGUCCUCUCGGUCGUCGGUGACGUGGGCAUUGAACAUAUCCAGGACACGAUUGCCAACCUCGGUGCCGAGCUCAAGGGUACGACGCCGGAUGCGGUCAUCAUUGCGGGCGACUGGUCGUACGCCAACGGCUGCCACGAAGACUGGGACAAGUGGCUCGAGGCGACGCAGCCGCUCUUCUCCAAGACGCCGCUCCUCGGCAUCAACGGCAACCAUGAGGUCAUUGAGGGCGAUGGUGUCCUCUACGACCGCCCCGAGUGCGCGGCCGAGAUGUACACGGCGUACAGCAACCGCAUCGUGACGCCGAUCACGGACGAGGCCAACAAGGACCACCGCACGUGGUAUUCGGCCAACGUCGGCAACAUCCACGCUGUCUUCCUCGACGACUACACGGGUAUCCUCGGCGCCGACAACAUUGGCUCCGAGUAUUGGUUCACGCACCGCCAGGCGCAGCUCGACUGGCUCAAGACGGACCUCGCGGCCGUCAACCGCGAGACGACGCCGUUCGUCGUUGUCUUCAAGCAUAACCCGUACUACAACUCGUGGGGCAAGCACCAGUGCCAGUGCUCGUCGGUCAAGUUUGAGAUCCCGGACGUCGAGUCGUGCUGGAAGGGCAACUACUACAUGAACUCGACGGCCACCGGCGGCAAGCUCGGCGACGUCCGCGACGAACCGCACUGCGCACUCCAGGGCAAGAUCGAAGACAUUUACGCCAAGCACGGCGUCGACGCUGUCAUUGCCGGCCACGUGCACGCGUACGAGCGCACGGCGCCCAUCUACAAGAACAAGGUCACGGACGGUGCCCCGGUGUACUUUACCGUCGGUACCGGUGGCCACGGCCUCUACCAGGGCGCGAUCUCGCCGAUGCCCACGUGGUCCAAGUCGACGUCGAGCUCGCUCUACGGUGCGUCGCGCCUCGUCGCCGACAACGACAAGUUGACCAUCUACUACCGCGCAAACGGCGAAACCACGACCAUCUUUGACUCGGUCGAGAUCAAGAGCCGCGCCAAGCCCGCGUGCUAAGCCAUACUUUCGCAGCGUUCAUCAUAUCGCUAAGGUGGAUGGUAAUGCAGUGUCGUUGUUUGUUGAAAAG